UUGAACGCGGCGGCGGGCGGGUACACGGGCUCGCCGUGGCCGCCGCUGGAACUCGACCCCGUGGGAUGGGGACGAAAACUGUACCCUACGGGAGCGCCAAGGUCUUCAGGUGGGCUGAUGUUCGGGCUGCACCACCAGGAGGCGGCGGGCGGGCUGCACGCGCAGCCCCGCGGCCCUGUCACCUCGCUGAAGGAAGAACCCCUCACGCGUGCCUGGAUGACACCAGGCUCCCUAGUUGACAACACAAACGUGGGCGUUGGAAGAGCACAUUUUGAGAAGCAGCCUCCCAGCAAUCUGCGCAAGAGCAAUUUCUUCCACUUCGUUGUGGCGCUCUACGACCGCGCCGGCCAACCCGUCGAGAUCGAGCGCACUGCCUUCAUCGGUUUCAUAGAGAAAGAUCAAGAAGCUGAGGGACAGAAGACUAAUAACGGAAUUCAAUACAGACUUCAACUUCUAUAUGCUAACGGUAUACGGCAAGAACAAGACAUUUUCGUUCGGCUUAUUGACUCAGUUACAAAACAGCCCAUCGUCUACGAGGGACAAGAUAAGAAUCCGGAAAUGUGCAGGGUGUUGUUAACACAUGAAGUUAUGUGCAGUCGAUGUUGCGAUAAGAAGAGUUGUGGAAAUAGAAACGAAACGCCUUCGGACCCUGUCAUUAUUGAUCGAUUUUUUCUGAAGUUCUUUCUGAAAUGCAACCAGAAUUGCUUAAAGAAUGCCGGUAACCCUCGAGAUAUGAGAAGAUUUCAAGUGGUAAUAUCAACGCAAGUGAUGGUGGACGGACCGCUACUGGCAAUAUCCGACAAUAUGUUCGUCCACAACAAUAGCAAGCACGGGCGGCGCGCCAAGCGCCUGGACCCGUCUGAAGGUACUGACGCCGCGCCUGAAAAUAAUUCAGGUCUGUACCCUCCACUACCAGUCGCAACACCUUGCAUCAAAGCUAUCUCACCGAGUGAAGGUUGGACUUCGGGAGGAUCUACAGUUAUUAUCGUUGGCGACAAUUUCUUCGAUGGGCUUCAAGUUGUAUUCGGCACAAUGCUGGUUUGGAGUGAGUUAAUAACGUCACAUGCAAUACGAGUGCAGACUCCGCCGCGGCACAUACCUGGCGUAGUUGAGGUUACGCUGUCUUACAAGAGCAAGCAGUUCUGCAAAGGAGCGCCCGGGAGAUUCGUUUAUGUUUCACUCAACGAGCCGACCAUAGAUUACGGCUUCCAGAGGCUACAGAAACUUAUACCAAGGCAUCCGGGCGAUCCGGAAAAGUUGCCUAAGGAGAUAAUACUGAAGCGUGCGGCUGACUUGGCGGAGGCACUGUACUCGAUGCCUCGCAACAAUCAACUGCUGCCGCGUUCGCCGCCGCCCUCCGCGCCAUUUAACUCCUACGCACAAGACGCUGCGACACACCAGUGGACCGAAGAGGAGUACGCGCGUAGCGGCGGCUCAGUGUCGCCGCGGUACUGCGCCGGCGCCGCCACGCCGCACUACGCGCAGCACUACGCACCACCCACCUCGCUUUUCAACUCUACCUCUCGAAUGAGCGGUCUAGUCUCGUCACCAUUUAGCGUCAAUCCUUUCUCCCUGCCGACGUGCAGCGCACAGCAGUAUGCGCAAACAGCUCCGCUGGCUUCCAAGUAA